AUGCGCGCGACUUCAAAAUUCCAAGUGAGAGGCAACACUGACAGAAACUGGCAAAGCGUUACGACCGAGUCCACUGCAUCGCUUGCCGAGAGUAUCACCGAAUACCGCAGGAUCCAUGGUCGUACUUAUACGCAAAAGGCCGAUUACUGGGGCCCGAACGAUGAGCAGCAAAACGAAGGGCUUGAUCUCGCUGACUUCGCUGACGAAUUCCCGUCUUCCGAGGUGACAGGAGUCGACAUCUCACCUAUUCAGCCUGGGUGGGUGCCACCCAACUGCAAAUUCCAAAUCGACGAUGUCGAACAACCGUGGACAUGGACUCCUGAUUUCGAUUUCAUUCAUCUCCGCCACAUGGAAGCCUGCAUCUCCGACUGGCCUGCUUUCUACAAGCAAAUCUACGAUCACCUGAAGCCUGGCGGAUACUUUGAAAUGAAGGACUUUGAUAUUGAAUUCCGCUCUCAGGCAUAUGGGGACAGUCUCCCGGAAGACCACGUCUACCGCAGGUGGGGCAAGAUCUUCUUCGAGGCUGCAAACCGCCUCGGCAAGUCCAUGGAUCAAUCCCGAGGGGGCCACAAAAUCGCCGACGCUAUGAGGGACGCCGGUUUCGUCGAUGUUGUCGAGAAGAGCUGGCCUGUACCGAUUGGAGGUUGGCCCAAGGACCCCACGCUAAAGGAGAUUGGCAUUUGCAACUUGGAGUUUCACGACCAGUCGCUUGAAGGCUUUUCCAUGUUUCUGCUGACUCAAGUGAUGGACUGGGAUAGCAUAUCAGCGGGGGUUUUCGUCGCUGAAGCACGCAAAGCUCUCAAGGACCCUAAGCUCCAAACGGUGAUAUACUUGUGA